AUGACUGUUGCUACUGGAGAUCCCACAGAUGAAGCAGCAGCUUUGCCUGGUCAUCCUCAGGACACUUAUAACCCAGAAACUGAUCAUGAAUGUUGCGAGAGAGUGGUUAUUAAUAUCUCGGGCCUUCGGUUUGAAACACAACUUAAGACGCUUGCUCAGUUUCCAGAGACCUUAUUGGGAGAUCCUAAAAAGAGAAUGAGAUAUUUUGAUCCUCUCCGGAAUGAGUAUUUCUUUGACCGAAACAGACCCAGCUUUGAUGCUAUUUUAUAUUACUACCAAUCAGGUGGCAGACUGAGAAGACCCGUUAAUGUACCCUUGGACAUCUUCUCAGAAGAAAUAAGAUUUUAUGAACUUGGUGAAGAAGCUAUGGAGAUGUUUCGGGAGGAUGAAGGUUACAUCAAGGAAGAAGAACGGCCUUUACCAGAAAAUGAAUUUCAGAGACAAGUAUGGCUUCUCUUUGAAUACCCAGAAAGUUCUGGACCAGCCAGGAUUAUAGCAAUUGUCUCAGUCAUGGUCAUCCUAAUCUCUAUAGUAAGUUUCUGUUUAGAAACUUUGCCUGUGUUCCGUGAUGACACUGAAGACAUGCAUGGUAGCAGUAGCAACCCCAGCCCUUAUUCCAACAGCACAAUGGGAUCUCAACAGCAAACAUCUUUUACAGACCCCUUCUUUAUAGUAGAAACACUCUGCAUAAUUUGGUUCUCCUUUGAAUUCCUGGUGAGAUUCUUUGCCUGCCCUAGCAAAGCUGGGUUUUUUACCAAUAUCAUGAACAUCAUUGAUAUUGUUGCUAUUAUUCCGUACUUCAUCACACUUGGCACAGAGCUGGCUGAGAAACCAGAAGACGGCCAACAAGGUCAACAGGCUAUGUCUCUUGCUAUCCUUCGAGUCAUCCGCUUGGUGAGGGUGUUCAGGAUCUUCAAACUUUCCAGACACUCCAAGGGAUUGCAAAUCCUGGGACAGACUCUUAAGGCCAGCAUGAGGGAGCUAGGCCUCUUGAUAUUUUUCCUCUUCAUUGGUGUCAUCCUGUUCUCCAGCGCUGUCUAUUUUGCAGAGGCUGAUGAGAGUGAAUCUCAGUUCCCAAGCAUCCCCGAUGCUUUUUGGUGGGCUGUGGUUUCCAUGACGACAGUUGGCUAUGGAGACAUGGUCCCCACGACCAUAGGUGGAAAAAUAGUUGGCUCCUUGUGUGCCAUUGCAGGUGUACUAACAAUUGCCUUACCAGUGCCGGUUAUAGUGUCCAAUUUCAACUACUUCUAUCACCGUGAGACAGAAGGAGAGGAGCAAGCUCAAUAUUUGCAAGUAACCAGCUGCCCAAAGAUCCCUUCUUCCCCUGACCUAAAGAAAAGCAGAAGUGCCUCCACUAUUAGUAAGUCUGAUUAUAUGGAGAUACAAGAAGGUGUGAAUAAUAGCAAUGAGGACUUUAGAGAGGAGAACUUGAAAACAGCCAAUUGCACCCUAGCUAACACAAACUAUGUUAAUAUAACUAAAAUGUUAACUGAUGUCUAG